GCCACAGCUGAUGUUUAUAGGUAUCAGGGUAAUGAGGCCUUCAAGAAAGGAGAUUUCAUCAAUGCUAUUCAUUUUUACACUGAAGGAAUUAAAAUGAACUGCAAUGAGAAAGAACUGAGGGCCAAACUGUACAACAACAGGGCUAUUGCACAUUCUAAACUUGGUAAGAUGAUGAGAGCUUUAAUAUGCAUUUUUUUGCUCUUUUGAAGGUAAUUAGGGCUGUCAGUAGUAGUUUUCCGAAAAAGGUGAUAAUUUGGAAUGCAUAUACCCAAAAGGAAAUUCAUCAGAAAAUAUCUCUGUGCCUUACAUUGGCCUCUCAAACAUACAAAGAAGUAACCUCUUACCCCAUAUAUCAAAGAGCAUCACAAGUUUUUUCCUAGAAUUAAUGUAAAGGUGGUGUGUUUGCUAUAUGUACAGCUAAUUAGAGAUAUUUAUUUUUACAAAAAAGGAAAUCACCAGGAUUCAUUAAGGGAUGCAGAAGCAGCUAUUGAGUUAAAUCCAACUUUCCUCAAGGCAAUUGUGAGAGGUUAGAUAUGUUAGCUGUGCAAUAAUAAUAAUAAUAAUAAUAAUAAUAAUAAUAAAGAACUCAACACUCUAAGGUUAAAUGAAGUUGAAACUUGACUCAAUUGACUUUAAUUAAGAGGUCAAGACCACCCUGAUGUACAUUUGAAUCCAGCUCUUGACUGCUGUCCAUGACUUUCCAUUAUGAUAAGAAUAUUAUUUUGAGUUGGAUGAAGAACUCAAUGCAUAAUGCAAAGAGUAUCAGCAUGAGUAUCUUAGUUUCCCUUUUGCUAGAUUUGUGAGUUAGUGGUGUCAGAUAUUUUUAGUCACUAUCUAGCUGUUUUGAAAAGAAGUAAGGACUUAACUCAAACUGUAAGGAAAAUUUCCUCAUUCGUCAAGUAUAGUUCAACUUCAAGUGCCAUAAUACUUGUAAUAAUAAUUUAGCUAAAGAUAUGAUAUGAUCAUGGGUAAAUUUUAUUCUUUGUGAACUUUAAACCUAUAGUUUGAGUCACUUCCUAGCAAGCAAUUAUCAACUGAUUGAGUAAAUCCAAUAUGUUAACUAAAACCAAAGGGAAACUACAAUUUAAGUGUCAAAUAAAAUGUUUUAAUUUGUACUUUGAUUGAAAUUUAAAUUUAACCUAGUUCUAAAAAGGUUAAAUAAAAAACGUACCAUUAUAAAAAUAAAAAAAUGGGUUCUAUGUUUCCGUUUUCGCAUUGCAUGUCCUAUAUUCUAUCUAUAUCUCUUAUUGAUUUUGUGGGAAUUGUCAGUCCCAAUUUGAAUGUUCUUAGAAGUUUCAAUUAUCCAUAGCUAAUCUGACUGAAACCUAAUAGGGACUGUUUAUUCUUUUUCUUUUAGUUUUUAUGUAUUUUUUUUCCUGUGGUCUGUAAUGAUUUAGCUUUCAAUGGUUUCCAGUUCUUUACUGGGAAUUGAGCUACAGUAAUGAUAUAUGAAUGAAAGUGAUCCUCGAAGUAAUGCACACUACUUGAGCAGUAGUGAAAAUAAGGCCUGAAAAAAACAUUCAGGCCUGCACGGGAUACGUAUAGGCCUGAAUGUUUUUUUCAGGCCUUAUUUUCACUACUGCUCAAGUAGUGUGCAUUACUGCGAGGAUCACUUUCAUUCACGUCUUAUCUGCAGUUCAAAUAUAUAACUUUCAUAUAUUCUUAGCCAGUAAUGAUAUGCUCAUUUGUGUUGUUGCUUACAGGAGCCAUUGCUUGUGUUGAACUGAAGAGAUUUGAAGAAGCAAUCACUUGGUGUGAUAAGGGAUUAGCUGUAUCCUUAGUUAAAGGAAUUUUUAAUUUUUAAUCAUGAGUAUAAUGAAAAUAUUCCAUAAUUUGACAUUUUUAGUGGGAAAAUACAAAGGGUUUUAAGUGUCGCUCUCGCUAAGAGAGGUCCUCUCGACUCUCCGUCGGAAAAAAAGUUUUCUUUUAUUUUUUGCCCAUGAAAAGUGUUUAGGACAUAUGUUUCAAAAAUAGUUAAGUUGUUCUCCAAUUCUCUUCUUUUGCAUCGCCACAAGCCAAAAAUGAUUUUUGGCCAGACCACCCCAGUGGACAACGAUCGAAAAUGUAAAUUUCAAAGAUUUUGUCCAGCGCACAGCGACUGCAACAAUGCAGCUCCCGGAGUUCUAUCUUGUUACAAGUUACAAGAUGUAGUCAGUCAGUUCACAGACAAAAUAUGGAAACUUCAGCUGAAAUAUUUUUCAUACCAGCGUGAUCAGAGGAGACCCUUCUGUUCGACCUUAGUUUGCAUAUCAAAAAUUCACUACUUUGUACGAAAGAAUUCUCAAAAUGCAGGCGUUAAUCGGGCUGAAAAAGCAUAUCAGUGCAUAGUUUAUACACCAAUGAGGUUACGGAUCGAAACAAACCCGCGGGUAUAUCUCGAGCUUCCAUCUACUAACAUCUUAAAAACAACGCAAAUCCAUGUGAUUGCUCAAUUGCGCUCGUGUCAAAUAUCAUUUGCAUGAUUCUGAAAAUUGACCAAGAUCUCCUUUUGACCGUUCAAACUUCGUUCGUUUAUCUUCUACGUUGAGGAUUUUAGGUUUUAAUAGCAACUGGAUGGAGAAUAGAUGCCGAGUUGUCCUAAAACGUUGCGUAAACGUGAUCGGUCGUAACGCUUGCGCGCUUGCGUAACUACAAAGUAAGCAAAGGUGAUCGGAAGGCGCCUUCUCGAUAAUUUACGUUGAAAUAUCAGGUCAUGAACUACGCACAGUGUGGAGAAAAUCAAAAUUAUAGCAUAAAAUUUGGCACUCUGGUCAUAACAGACAUAUCGCGUAGCUUAAAAGGACACAAAAACAAGUUGAAAUACGUUACACUGUUUACAUUUACAAAACAACACGCAUACACUCUGAAACAAUUUUUGCAGUUUCUCCCAAGAUUUAGUACACGGAACCCGAUGAAGUAGCUCUCCUUUCUGCAAAUUUGUUUCCAUCAUUAAUGAUGUUACGCUCUUAUGAACCACAACUGUUUUGAGCGACAAACUCGACAUUUCCCUGCGACCAUCAAAAUCAAUUAGACAAACCCAGCUUGAUGUAUUGCGUCACGUGAUUGUGCAAACUUUUCGCUUUGUCAUAUAACCUGUUUCGCGGGUUCUACAAAUUGAAACCAAAAUUAGCUAGUGUAACUAAUUAGAAUCGAAAGUUAUUAAAAUGGACUGAAGAAUUUUACAUUUUAAUGAGAAUUUUAUCUUUAAAUGCUUACUUGAUUCAUGGAAAGCAGAGAUUGGAGUGGCUUUGGGUAUUUCAGCACUGAUUUGGAAAAAAUAAAACAGUUAUUGGUAUGUUCUAAACAUAAGAACACCUGAGAAGACACUGGAAGUGUAGUUAAUAAAAGUAUUUUUUAGUAUCCAGAGCAAAAAGAAGAAUGUGAGGCAGUGAGAGGAGACUGAGUUUUCAACGCCAUUUGUCGUAAAAAGCUCAGUGCCAACAGCUUGUUAUUAAACUCACUAAAAUUUACCUGGAAGGCAUCAACUUUCUUUUGUCGCGAAAUUUGUGAAUUUUAAAACUCUGAAACAAAGUACGAUGAAUCCUGGAAACUGGAGUUUGAGUCCAUUGGCAAACUAUGCCAGCUGGUCUCAUGAGCAGAUCAAGCGCUGACGGAAUUUGACAGUUUUUAAAUUUUAAGCGGAUGCAAAAAUCGAGACAAAAAUUCGUCAUGACACAAUUUGUCCUUUUAUUUUGUCAAGAGAAUUCUGGUUUUGUCUGCUUGUGCAGAUAUCCCAGAUAGGCACUUACGAAUCAAUUUUUAGUUAAAUAAUAGCCUUCACUCUCGAGAAAUUGCAAAUACAUUACCCAUAUGAUCGGACCACAACUUUAAUUUCGAAAACUUCGAAAACAUCUCUAUUCAGUCUGGCUUUCUUUCAAGUACUUUCACCGCAUUUCCAAUGUUUCCUAAAGUGUUCGGAUGUUUAGAACAUACCAAUAACUGUUAUAUUUUUUCCAUAUCGUGGUCAAAAUGACCGGAACGAAACAAAAUUAACUUGUACUCGAGGAUUUCGCUGGAUAGCUGAUAAGCUUUUUGCCGAUGUUCUUUUCCAUCACAACACAACAUUCCUUAAUAAAGGUAAAGAAAAACAGCCAACAUCAUUAAUGAUGGAAACAAAUUUGCGGAAAGGAGGGUUAGUUCAUCGGGUUCCGUGUACUAAAUCUCGAGAGAAACUGCAAGAAAUUUUUUAGAUUGUGUGCGUGUUGUUUUAUUAAUAUAAACACUGUAACGUAUUUUAACUUGUUUUUGUGCCCUUUUAAGCAACGUAAUAUGUCUGUUAUGAGACAGGGUGAUCUUCUCCACACUGUGCGUAGUUCAUGACCUGAUAUUUCAACGUAAAUUAUCGAGAAGGCGCAUUCCGAUCACCUUUGCUUACUUUGUAAGUCCCGCAAGCGCGCAAGCGUUACGACCGAUCACGUUUACGAAACAUUUUAGGACAACUCGACAUCUAUUCUCCAUUCAGUUGCUAUUAAAACCUAAAAUCCUCAACGUAGAAGAUAAACGAACGAAGUUUGAACGGUCAAAAGGAGAUCUUGGUCAAUUUUCAGAAUCAUGCAAAUGAUCUUUGACACGAGCGCAAUUGAGCAAUCACAUGGAUUUGCGUUGUUUUUAAGAGAUGUUGGUAGAUGGAAGCUCGAGAUAUACCCGCGGGUUUGUUUCAAACUGUGACCUCAUUGGUGUAUAAACUAUGCACUGAUAUUCUUUUUCAGCCCGAUUAACUCCUGCAUUUUGAGAAUUCUUUCGUACAAAGUAGUGAAUUUUUGAUAUGCAAAUUAAGGUCGAACAGAAGGGUCUCCUCUGAUCACGCUGGUAUGAAAAAUAUUUCAGCUUAAGUUUCCAUAUUUCGUCUGUGAACUAACUGACUACAUCCUGUAACUUGUAGCAAGAUAGAACUCCGGGAGCUGCAUUGUUGCAGUCGCUGCGCGCUGGACAAAAUCACUUUCAAAUCACUUUCGAUCGCUGUCCCCGGGGUGGUUUGGCCAAAAAUCAUUUUUGGCUUGUGCGACGCAAAAAAAGAGAAUUGGAGAACAACUGAACAACUAAACUAUUUUUAAAACGUAUGUCCUCAACACUUUUCAUGGGCAAAAACGAGGAUCGCUCCUGGCGAGAGCGGCACUUAAUUACAAUGGGAACUUGUCACCUCAAUUACUGAUUACAUCAUUACUUACUAGUGAUAUUACUCCUUUCAGCCAAUUGGACUUAGUCAUACUAUCCAUGCCAUGACAUUAGUUUAGUUAAAAGACCAAUAUUCACCCAGUUUAUGCAGGGUACAUGGGUAGACGAUCCCUCUAAAACGAGUCACAAAAAAAUAGUUUGGUAAUGUUUACUUAUAUAUUAUGCUUAUAGCGACGCUUGAUCGCCGCUAGCUGGACCGUACGAAUCUCACUGAUCGACACAACAAAUAUCGCCCCAAUUUCUUUCUGUUAAACGCCUCCUUUAUUAAAUGUCGUAUUUGACCGUGAAGCUAAAAAUAAUUGAUUCACAAAAUUAGGGACAAGAAAUUAGCUAUAGAAACACUCGAGGUAAAUUAAACUUACAUUGUUGCCGGAUCUGGCGAGAGUUGACACAAAAAAGACCUUUCCUUCCUUCGAUAAAAACGACAGACAAUUUCUUUCUAUUAAACCACGAGUGCUUGCGAAAUCGAUCGAAUUAUUGAAUUGCACAAUAGAUCCGUUCUGUUUGGAAAUGCGAUACCACUUACGGAGCGCGUGACGAGGCACCUAGUGUGACUUUUACAGAUUAUUAAUUAAACGAUUACUAAAUCAAAACAAGGGAUAAACCCGUGCCUUAGGGGCACUUACAAUGCUUAUUUUCUUCCCUUUAAAUUUUUUCCUCUAUACUCAGCAUAUUUUCUUAUGGACAAAUACACCUUUGAAAGGCAUAAAUUUGUGAUCUAGACUCAUUUCUUCCAGUGCUGUAAAACAUUUAUCUAAUGUUAAAGCUAUAUUAAUUUAAAAAUCGAGCAAGUGCGGCUUCCCAGUUUUUGGAAACAAGAGAUUAUAUCUAGAUAUUUUGCGUUAAAAUUUGACGUUGCGCACAGAAGAAACUUUUCGUGAUAUGUAAUAACCUACUUUAAGACUGAGUGUCAUGUUGAUGAAACAUCUACCUUUCAUGCAAGCCCUUCCAAUAGGCCAUUUUAUAGUUGUGUACUUAGCUGCCAAGCCUUUGAUUUGGAGUGAGGCUGAAGGUGACCUUGUUGUGAUUGAAACCAGUAUCCAGUGAGCAUAGUAAAGUAAUUUGCAUUUGAAAGGUAGCAAUGUUUCUACGAUAACAAGGUCACCCUUAGCCACACUCCUGUUCAAAGGCUUGGCAACGAAACACAAAACUGUAAAAAUGGACUAUUAUAUAUCAAUAUCAUAUGAUCGGAAAAAUAAUCUUUUUUGUUUUUCCCGCAUUUUUUAACCUUGACAUAAAAAAAAGAUUGACAAAAAUGAUAGGAUCUUCUUGUCAUUAAGACUUCAGUCUGUCAGUGAAGAGGGUGACAAGUCCAUAGAGGAAAAAGAUCAUAUUAGCUAUGACCAUGGUGGUGCAAGUUCAGGUGAUGACACGAAAGUCAUAGACUUCUGUAAUCGGGGAGACAAGCAUGGGGAGGGUAACACUUAUGACAAUCUUGGCAAUGCUCAUUACAGUCUGAAUGAUUUCAAAAAAGCCAUAGAGUACCACAACCUACAACUUAGAAAAGCUAAAGAAGUACGAGACAAGCAUGGUGAGGGUGAUGCUUAUGACAACCUUGGCAGUGCCUACUACUGUCUGAAUGAUUUCAUAAAAGCCAUAGAGUACCACGACCUACAUCUUAAAAUAGCUAAAGAAGUAGGAGACAAGGCUGGAGAGGGUAACGCUUAUAGUAAUCUUGGCAAUGCUUAUUUAAGUCUGGGUGAUUUCAAAAAAGCCAGAGAGUACCACAACUUACAUCUUAGAAUAGCUAAAGAAGUAGGAAACAAGCAUGGGGAGGGUAUUGCUUAUGGCAAUCUGGGCAAUGCUUAUUUUCGUCUGGGUAAUUUGAAAAAAGCCCUAGAGUACCACAACCUAAAUCUUAACAUAGCUAAAGAAGUAGGAAACAAGCAUGGUGAGGGUAGUGCUUAUGGCGGCCUUGGCAACGCUUACCUCAGUCUGGGUGAUUUCAUAAAAGCCAUCGAGUACCACAACUUAUAUCUUAAAAUAGCUAAAGAAGUAGGAGAUAAGCAUGGUGAGGGUGUUGCUUAUGGCGGCCUUGGCAACGCUUACUUCAGACUGGGUUAUGUCAUAAAAGCCAUUGAGUACCACAACCUACAUCUCAGAAUAGCUAAAGAAGUAGGAGAUAAGCAUGGGGAGGGUAACGCUUAUUGUAAUCUUGGCAGUGCUUAUUUUAUUCUGGGUGAUUUCAAAAAAGCCCUAGAGUACCACAACUUACAUCUUAGAAUAGCUAAAGAAGUAGGAGACAAGCAUGGGGAGGGUACUGCUUAUUGCAGUCUGGGCGCUGCUUAUUUAAGUCUGGGUGAUUUGAAAAAAGCCCUAGAGUACCACAACCUACAUCUUAAAAUAGCUCAAGAAGUAGGAGACAAGCAUGGUGAGGGUGAUGCUUAUGGCGGCCUUGGCAACGCUUACCUCAGUCUGGGUAAUUUCAUAAAAGCCAUUGAGUAUUACAACCUACAUCUUAAAAUAGCUAAAGAAGUAGGAGAUAAGCAUGGGGAGGGUAGUGCUUAUGGUCACCUUGGCAUUGUUCAUUACAGUCUGGGUUAUUUCAAAAAAGCCGUUGAGUACCACAACCUACAUCUUAAAAUAGCUCAAGAACUAGGAGACAAGCAUGGGGAGGGUAACGCUUAUGGCAGUCUUGGCAAUGCUUAUAACAGUCAGGGUGAUUUCAAAAAAGCCAUAGAGUACCAGAACCUAUAUCUUGAAAUAGCUAAAGAAGUAGGAGACAAACGUGGGGAGGGUAACGCUUAUGGUGGCCUUGGCAUCGCUUAUCGGAGUCUUAGUGAAUUCAAAACAGCCGUUAAGUACCACAACCUACAUCUUAAAAUAGCUAAAGAAGUAGGAGACAAGGUUGGGGAGGGUAAAGCUUAUGGUAGCCUUGGCAAUGCUCAUCGGAUUUUGGGUGAUUUCGAAAAAGCCUUAGAGUACCACAAUCUACAUCUUAAAAUAGCUAAAGAAGUAGGAGACAAGCAUGGGGAGGGUAACGUUUAUUGCCGUCUUGGCAAUGCUUAUUUCAGUCUGGGUGAUUUUAAAAAAGCCUUAGAGUACUACAACCUAUAUCUUAAAAUAGCUCAAGAAGUAGGAGACAAGCACGGGGAGGGUAACGCUUAUGGCAAUCUUGGCAAUGCCUAUAACACUCUGAGUGAUUUCAAAAAAGGCAUAGAGUACCACAAUCUACAUCUUAAAAUAGCUAAAGAACUAGGAGACAAGCAUGGGGAGGGUAGCGCGUAUGGCAAUCUUGGCAAUGAUUAUUUUAGUCUGGGUGAUUUCAAAAAAGCCAUGGAGUACCACAACCUACAUCUUAAAAUAGUCAAAGAAGUAGGAGACAAACAUGGGGAGGGUGAUGCGUAUGGUAACCUUGGCAAUGUGUACCGAAAACUUUGGGAUUUCAGAAUAGCCAUAGAGUACCACAACCUACAUCUUAAAAUAGCUAAAGAAGUCGGUGACAAGCAUGGGGAGGGUGUUGCUUAUGGCGAUCUUGGUAUUGCUUAUCACAGUCUCGGUGAUUUUAAAAAAGCCACAGAGUACUAUAUUCGACAUCUUAAUAUAGCUAAAGAAGUAGGAGACAAGCAUGGGGAGGGUAAGGGUUACGGCCAUCUUGGCGAUGUGUAUCUAACUCUGGGAGAUUUGGUAAAGGCCAACACGUUAUAUGACGUAAUGCUCAAAAUUUCCAAAGAGGUCGAAGACAAAUCCAUGGAGGCACUGGCCAGCUAUUUUUUAGGAUGCGUUUCUGAGUCGCUGGGUAGACUGCCAAAAGCCGUUGAAUAUUACCAAGCUAGCAUAAACUUAUACAAUUCCUUAAGAGUACUUCUGAAAUCUAAAGAUGAGUGGAAAGUAAAUUUUCGAAAUCAGUAUCAAGUGGCAUAUACGGGUUUGUGGAGAACUCUUGUAGAACAAGGUAAGAUAGAUGACGCCUUAUUUGCUGCUGAGAAAGGACGAGCUCAAGCUCUGACCGACCUCAUGGAAUCCAGUUUUUGUGAUCAAACAAGUCGGUACAAGACAGGCGAUGAAGAUUUAGCAGUUUUAAGGUACGUUCCAUCAAACACCGUCUUUCAGGCAAUAAACAAAGCUGAUGUCAAUCUUUGGGUUGUGUCCAAAGGAAAACAAGUUCAGUUAAGACAAAGUAAACUCAAAAGUCAGUCUGUUUCAGAGAAUAGUGGAGCCAGCCAUUCUUUUGAGUCGUUCAUGCUCGGUGUCUAUACACAACUUGGUGUUCGUUCUAAUGUGAGAUGCGAGAAUCGAUCUUUGGAUGCUUUGAGGGAGGGCCGUUCAAAAGUGGAUGAGAAAACUAAAGGAGACAACCCUCAACCUCCCAUCCAACAAAACGAAUGCUUGAGCACUUUGUAUGAUACCGUCAUGAAGCCGGUGGCUGACCUGGUUCAAGGGGAUGAGCUACUCGUUAUUCCCGAUGGACCCCUGUGGCUCGUUCCUUACGCUGCAUUGAAGGAUGGUAAUUAUAGAUACAUGUGUGAAUCGUUCAGAAUCCGACUUGCUCCAUCGUUGAAAAGUCUUAGAGUCAUUGCCGAUUGCCCAGAUGAUUAUCACAAAAGCAGUGGUGCGUUACUUGUAGGAGAUCCGUGGGUAGCCGAGGUUACUAACAGCAAAGGAGAGAAACCCCUCGAGCAGCUUUCGUUUGCUAAAGAAGAAGUAGAAAUGAUCGGAAAAAUUCUGAAUAUCACGCCAAUCACUGGCAGACAGGCCACAAAACGUGAGGUGUUGAAAAGACUCAGUUCCGUUUCCCUAGUUCACUUUGCGGCACACGGAUGUAUGGAAACUGGCGAAAUUGCUCUUACACCUGAUCCAGACCGAAUAUCUGCUGUGCCAACGGAGGAGGAUUACAUUUUAACAAUUGGAGAUGUGUUGAAUGCUCAACUUCGCGCCAAACUUGUAGUGCUUAGUUGCUGCCACAGCGGUUGGGGCGAGAUCAAGGCUGAAGGUGUGGUUGGUAUUGCGCGCGCUUUUAUGGGUUCUGGUGCUCGGUCUGUUGUGGUGUCUCUGUGGGCGAUUGAUGACGUGGCUACUCUCGAGUUCAUGAAAUGCUUUUAUCAACACCUUGCAGAAGGUAAACCUGCAAGCGAGUCCCUGAACCUGGCAAUGAAAAGCCUCAGAGAAUCAGAAAAGUUCUGCGACAUCAAAUACUGGGCGCCCUUUUUGCUGAUUGGAGAUGACGUCACUCUUGACUUC